AUGGCGCCUCAGUGUCAGGCGUUGUACGUGUCGGAUGAACGGCGAUGCAGCGAGGAAGCUACCAACGUCAAUGGCCUGUUCUGCUCCUUCCACGCAAGACAGGUCUACAGUUUGUACAAGGGUUACAAGCGUAGAGGUGCCCAGUUAGAUGCUUUGCAGAAAGAUCCUCCUUCCUACCUUGCCGACCAUCCACUUCAUAAGAUUACCUUUGACGACAUAGAAGAUGAGGAGACUCUCAAAACCCUGCACGCCUAUCUCUUCAAGCAGAAUGGCUUGCUCGAUCGCUGCAUUCGUGCUCGUAAGCUCCACCACUCUCGAUUCUACGCUCUCGAGCUCGACUAUGGUCACCAACACUACCUGGACCACCUCAUCAGCGAGAAGCACAAUACUGGCCGUGCCCUUGAAAGACUCGAACGACGAACUGCCGAAGUCCUGUACAGACAGCAACAGUGGUUCGGUUGGGUCCGUAAUCUUGAAGACGAUGAGGAGAAGGAACGCGAUGCCGAAAAGAAGAAGAUUAAGCAAGAAGCUGCCUUAUUCAGGCGUCACUGGAAGGAUGUCUCCGCUCGUAUGGACAAGUUGAGGCAGAAAGAGAACGAAAAGAGACAGGCAGAAUACCUUGAGAAGGUUUGGGAGGAACGUAACAAGUUCGAGGCCGACCUCACUGCUGAAGGAGAAGGCGGCGAGGAAUGGGAUCCCAUCGAAGAUGUGGUCGAGGAUGAACGCGGCAGCUAUAUCGACCUCAUUCGACGCUUCUUGUGGCUCGCAGAGCCCGUCACCGUGUCGUCGAACGACCCAACCCCUCACGAGCCUGCUGCCACGAGUNGCCUCAGGCUCCAAGGAAGAGAACAAGGCCCUGAACCUGCUAACAAGCAGUCUCCUACCAAGGACUCCCCUACCUCUCAGGCACUCGUGGAGACGAACAAAUCCAAGAACGCCAGAAAGAAAGCACGUCAGAAGGCAAAGGCCUUGGAGGAAAAGGCGGCAGUGCCCUUGGCCAUUAGAACGACACAGGAAGUCACAAAGCCUGGUGAAGUCCACAUUGAGACACCGGAAGAAGUUCGUACUCGCCUGCGCGAAGGCCAGACCAUGAACGGUGUGCUACAGACUUUCGACCCUGAGGAUCCCGCGAAUACGCAAUUCCUUACGGACAAGACUUUCCCUCUCGCUGACGACGAGAUCAACACUCUAAUGCAGCAAAUCCCUGACAUCAAGCAGCUGUUGUUCUGUCGAUUAUUGCUUGGUUAUGCCAGUCUGCUGCCAGCGGCCUUGCGAGCUGAGAACGUUGAGGAGUUCCUCUCCGACUCGUCCGUGACCAAUGCAGAAUUGAGAGAUCUGUGCCUGAAAAUGGAACAGCCUGGACUGCAACAGUUACGUGACGCGUGUGCUGAUCUUGGUCGUGAAGAUGACGAGCCUGACGACGAUGAUGCCGCGCCUGCUGCAAGCGCUGAAGCACCUGCUGGACGCACAAAGUUUACAUCAAGACCUAUGUAUCCUGUCAAGAACGUGAAGACUAGGCGUGAGAAAGAGCUCAAGGAGAAGCGGGAGAGAACCAUGCAGGACAAUAUGGAUUCCACGACCUUUGUUGACUUUGGUGACGUGGACGAUCAGCAACAGUAUAGUAUCAAGAAGAUUCGUGUCAAAGUUUGUGGCAGAUUCAUCUACAACUAUCCCAGCGAGAAAGCUAUGUCUAGAGGUGGAUGGCUACAAUUUUCAGUCAUCGCCAAAGACUGUUCCUUGUUCCAGGCAGUAAGUCUGGCUCGAAGUUGGGAUGAAUUCUUCGAGCUCAACAUCCUUACCUGCAAUCACUACUUCCCUGCUGCCCAGUGGGCAUCGUGGAUCAGGAGUAUAACGCAUGAGCAACUGCUUCAAUUUGGUUUUAUUCCUUACUACCAGAUGGAUCAAGCGCACCAUAUGACAUCGCAUCAUCAGACUGGAUCUCGCGCUCAUGGACAGCGUCGCACUCAUCAUGCUGUUGAGACUCGAAAUUUUGUAUGUGCUCACAUGAAGCGUAACGAUCCGGUCACUAGACGUUGGAUUCAGUACGCCGUCAUGGAGUCCUACAAGAUGGCAAUCAUGGUUCGCGAUGGUCGAACUGGCAAUGUCAUUGUCGAGCCACCCGAGGAACAUAAAUGGCUCAUCAGAACCAAGUCCGGUGUUGGACGAGCAAGUCGAGCUGAAUGGAAAACCGUCAAGGAGAUCGACGACGAUUUCUGGGACACAAUCGACCGCUCCCGUAAGUGGCAUCUCGGCUUCAAGGACUACUAUGACAUCGUGGUCUGGGACAUUGAGAGCGGGGAACACUACUCCUCUCUGUACAACUCUAUUCAAGAACUUCUCAUCAGGGCUUUGCGAUUCAGAGACUUCUACAAGCCUGCCGAGCAUAUCUUGCGCACGCUCACCCGUGACGAGCAUCUUUCCCGUGCUAGAGACCUUCGCCCAGAUGAAGUCGGCAAGGGGAAGAGCAUCUGGGACUGGAUUCAUAGCGACAGUACCAGGAUGAAAUACUUCUCACGAGGCAUCGACGGAAGCCACAGAGAAGAGGCACCUCCCAAUUUGCUAUACAAACAAGAAGAUAUGUUGGAGGACCAGGUUCUCUUCCCAUGGGAUCGCAGUUUGUGGACUGACGAGGAGGUUCCCGAAACGGCUAGCAAGGUCAUCGCAGUCGCGAAGAAGGCUGCGGAUCUUACACCAGCAAACUCAGGUCAUGAGCUGAUGUUGGCAGAUGCCGAUGCCGAUUCCAACGCUGGCGACGAGGGUGUGCUUGCAAGUCAGACCGGCAAGAUGCACAACUUCGAACACCACGGCCUGGAUCUCAAUCGCUGGAUCAACGACCUCGACACCGACGAAGAGCUCAGCGAUACUGAAUAUCAAGAAGUCUCAGAAGGUGAGGACGAUGGCAGCGAUUGGGAAUCCGAUGAGGAAUAUGCUGAAGGUGUCAUUGAAGAACUCUCAGAAGCAGCCGGUGUAACCAUCCGAGGCCGCUGGGUCGACGAUCACAACGAGAAAGAGCCUAGAUGGCAAGAUAUGGUUAUGGCUCUGGAGCUGUGGGAAGACNCCUCCNUAUCAAACCUCCGCGAAAACAAAGCCGUCGGGUAUCGUGUACCAAGAAUGCCUCCUAACGCAAUGACCUCGGCAGGAGAGAUGGAAGACAUGAAGGCACAAUGGGAGCUCUUCAUCGACAGAACCAGAGCUAGCAGUUUCAAAGAAGCCUGGCACAAGGCUGACCUUGAACCUGGUGCUCAAGAGAAGUAUGCCGAGACGCAGAAAAUCAUGAAAGCAUAUGUCGACUUCUUCGCCAAGGGGACCAAAGGUCCUUGGGCACCGGGUAUGCUCGAGCGCCAGUUCAUGCUCAUGAUGCUUUUAGAGAUUGGACCAGACGUGCAUCGCAGGGUCAAGCGCGACAUGACAUUCGCUAAUGCCAUGAUGGCAUGCUUCUUCGAGGGAAACAAUCCCUUCUUUUGUNCCGAGGAAGGUCGUCCUUGGAGCAACUCUACGCUCUUUGACCAGGAAGCGCGCGCAAAGAUGAUCCCUGAUGUACGCUCCUCCCACUCGAACCGCACUCGAGGCGCUGACCAGUGGAAGGNNGACUGGGACAAGGUCCGUCACGAGGUAAUGAAGUCCGGGCAGNGAGCAUUCCUGUGGGCUUCUGACAAGUACCCACAGGACUGGAAGUACAUCACCAGACCCACCAUAGCCCAUCUCUACCGCCACGGUCUAUUAGCACCACGCUACAAACCCGAGUACUCAGGCUGCGCCGUCGUCCUCGAGGAACCAACCAGACCCGACAAACCGGAACUAUACUUCGACUUCCGCGAAGACGCGCAAGAGAUGAAACCACGCCAACCCAUGCAAGACCCACUCAAAGUCAAACCUCUGCUGGACUCAGCACGCGAGUACGCAGCCAGCAACCCAGACGCCUACUUCUCCUUCAUGCGCAUCUGGUCCGCCCCACACUUCUGGCCCUUGAUGCUCGGCUACGACAACCGCGACGGCACCUCCUUCGCCGACGACAUAGGCCGCACCUGGGAGUGGAAAUUCGUCCCCAAAGACAUGCCCUUCAGCGAGUGGAGCAUCCACCACGCCCUGCGUCUCCGCCUCAACGAGUACGAAAAAAUGAUCGAGGGAAAGAUUUUCCUCAAGGGAGAUAAAAUCCUGGUGGUUGGUAAGAAUUGGGGCAUGUGUAGGAAUUACUCGACCAUUGCGUAUUUUGCGCUCACGACGCGGCCGUGGAGACUAGAGGUUGAUGUGUGGAAGAGUUUCUUUGGUGUCAAGUUGGACUUUUUGGAGGGGUUGGAUGAGAGGUGGUGGGAGUAA